AGCCCAGGUGAGGAGGGUCCAUUCAAGUGUCCAACUUGUAAGAGAAUGUAUAGAACACGAGAAAGGUUUGAAUCCCAUGUUCGUGACUGCGAUUUUGAAGUGAGCACCAGUGAUGAGGAUGAGAAACCCACAAUUAAAGAACUGCGAUCAUCAGAGAGGUUCCGUGCUGCAAAUAGGGAAAAAUAUGACCAUUCUUUAGUUGUGGACAGAUCAGAAAAGUCUUUGUCUUCUGCAUCGGCACCUGCAUCGCCACCUCUGAAUGUGCCCUUGAGUAUCAUCAUCACUGACGAGUAUAAAGAUGAAAAGCUUUCACCGUCCAGCAGAGAUCUGUCUGAUGAUUGCUCUAGUGUUCAGAGUCAAGAUUCGAGGCGGUCAUCACUCAGGAAAAGCACUGUCACACAGAGGAAUGCCGCACCGGCUCAUCUUGCCAAGGUGAGACGCAGGGACUCCAAAUCUACUCUUUCCCCAGAUGAGUCCACCUGCUCUUCUUUGCUUUCACCAAAGUGCUACACCAGACAUGCAGAAGAAAAGCCAUCGCCUAAAGAAACCAUGCUUGAAGCAGUCGGGCUAGUCAGCAGAAGAUCCCUUGAGCUAUCCCCUCAUUCAGAUAUUGACCCUGUUGGGCAGAUGAAGCUUCAGCCUCGUAUUUCUCCUCCAGUAAUGGACGAAGCCCCAAAAAGGGAAAAAAGAAGCCCGGCACAGGCCAGUGGGAACAUUAGACCAAGUAUUAUGGCUGGUGGGCUCCCCAAACAAGGUUCAUCCAAACAGAGAAGCAUAGCUAUCACCUACG